CGCGGGUGACUCGAACACGAGGGUAGGAUUAGGGUUUUAAGACCUGCGAGAGGGUUUUGCCAGGGUUUUAGAAAAAGUUCGUAGCGUCGCUGUGCGAGACAACAAUUCAGGCACGAUGGGAUUUUGGGGAAUUGAAGUAAAACCAGGAAAAUCGUACGAGCAUCAAUCGGAUCAAUUCGAAGGAAGGCUUCACAUUUCUCAGGCGACUUUAGGCCUCGGUGAAUCGAAGGGGAGGAGUAUAGUUCAGUGUUCCAUUGGAGAUAAAAGUCCAAUCUUUCUAUGUUCUUUGUUACCAAAUAAGAAUGAAUCUGUCCCCUUGGAUCUUGAUUUUGAGCCAAUUGAUGGUUUGGUGACCUUCUCGGUGAUUGGAAAACGAAGUAUCCACCUCUCUGGUUACCUUGUGGAGGAAGGCGAGGAUGAAGGAGAUGACUAUGGAUCGGAUUCUUCCGGGGAGGAUAUUGCGGACACCGAGUCAGAGUCUUCAGAGUAUGAUACCGAUUAUGAUAAUGUUGGAUUUAUUGACGAUGAAGAUUUUGACAUGUACCCGCCUUCACCUGUUCCAAAUAGUGGAGUUGUAAUUGAGGAGAUAGAGGACGAUGAGAAACCUACUAAUGGAAACAGUCGGUCCAAACGACAAGUGAAAAAGAAUCAAUCAAAUGACUCUGAAAAGAUCACAAAUUCUCAGCAACAAAUUGUUGUCAAGGAAAAUGCUGGUGACCCUGUUUUGGAGAGUGAAGAUGAAGAUGGUUUUCCAAUAUCCACUAAACAGAAAACCAACAUUGAGAAGCAUGAAGCAGCAACUGAACAGAAGGAUAGCAAAAUUACUGAGAAAACCAAGAAGAAGAAAGUGAAUGAUGGUGAAGCUGCUGGGUCCAAAAGGAAAGUCGAAGAUGUUCAGCAAGACAGUCAGCCAGAAGGGGAAAAGAAUAAUAAGAAGAAGAAGAAAUUGAAAGAGCAAGCUAAGGAGGGUAAUGCUGAUGACAAUGAAAAGCAACCUGAGAUUUUGAAGAGCCAAGAGCAUGAGCAAAAGCUAUCUAAUAAGAAGAGAUCUGACAUCGAAAAGAAUUCUAUUCCUGGUGAAAAUCUCACGGAGGGGAAAAAGAAGAAGAAAAAGAACAAGAAAGCCCAGGAGACUGAAACAAAAAUUGACAUGGAUGAAAUCGUUGACAACAUGGAAGAUCAGAACAAACCUGGUUUGGAGCAAACCAUUGGCAAGCGAUCCAAAGCGAAAACCUAUCCAAAUGGAUUGGUUAUCGAGGAGCUAGCUAUGGGAAAACCUGAUGGCAAGAAAGCUUCUUCGGGAAAAAAGGUCAGUGUUCGCUACAUUGGCAAGCUAAAGAAUGGCAACAUAUUUGACUCCAACGUGGGAGGGCCACCUUUCAAAUUCCGCCUAGGUCUAGGACAAGUUAUACCAGGAUGGGAUGUCGGGGUUAACGGUAUGCGUGUCGGGGAUAAAAGAAGACUCACUAUUCCACCAGAAAUGGGUUAUGGACAUAAACGUGCCGGUAAAAUACCACCAAACUCAUGGCUUGUGUUUGAUGUUGAGCUGCUCGGUGUUAAUUGAUUCAGCUGCGGAGAUGCUCCGUCUGCUUCCAAUUUUGAAGUUCUUGUUCUGCUUGGAAAACCAGUUUUGAAAAAUGCAAAUGUACUCUGUUUCUGUCUCGCCCCUAACCGUCGGUUUCCAACUUGGUCCUAACAGCAUAUACUCGAUUUAUGUCGAUGUUGAAAUUGUUUAUAUGAGCAUGUGUUGCGGCUGAGAACGUUUCUAGAUUGUCUACCUACUUUUUCGGUAUCCAUUUUGGUGUUAAUCAUGUACUUUUUUGGUAUCCAAUUUGGUUAUUUUUCCCUU